AUGAUGCAAAAUCCUAUCCUUUCUCGAAAAUCCAACAACAACAACCACUCUACAGGUGGUACUUUGAAGCGAGUCGACUCCUAUCCAAACGAUGAAAAUAUGAAUAUUCAUGCCCAUAAACAAUACAACUCUCAUCCACAACAACAACAACACCAACCCACAAGAGAAAUACUCAAAGAUGUAACCAAUUCAUCGUCUGGAAGCCAAAGAAAUUUACCUCCAAGUGGAAAGAUAAAGUCUUCAUCUUCAUUACAACAGCCCACCAAACAACCCGUUUGUGCAACAUCAAUCACUUUGCAACCACAAAUUGCACAUCCACCACAUAAAGCUAACCAUCAACAUCAUCAAGGACAAGGCUCGAGAGCACAGCCUUCUCUCCUUCCACAAAUCAAUCAUAACAACAAUCGAGGAAUGAGUCAAACGAUUGGCAGCAACACCACUACCAAUCAACCACAACAACAACAACGAUUUCCAUACAACUCCAAUGCUGGAUCAAUGGCACCACCAUCAUCAAUGAACCCAACGAAUACGAACCGACAAUCCUUGUACUCAUCUGCGAGCGUAAACAACGUUUUUGCAUUAUUGCCACAAAACUCAUUUUCAAAUUCGAGUAACGGUAAAUUGGGCGGGAAAUCAGAAAAUUUCUCGAGGCGGGAAUCUUGCCAUUCGAACACACUUCGCUUACUGAAAGAAGAAGAACUAUUGGCCGAUGAUGAUGAAGUCAACAGUUGCUACACCUCAUCAUCCACCUCUUCCUCAUCUGUCUCAUCAUUAUUGGGUGGACAUCAUCAAGCUCACACCAUGAAUUAUCUCACGAAUAGAACAUCUAACAUGUCUCUCUCAUCACAAGGAAGUGGUUAUGGAAUUUUCAAUGUGAAUCAUUCUGUUCAUAACUGCAGCCAAAUCUCAUUUUUGGAGAAUCAUACUCCAAAAUCUGCUCACAAUACCAACCUUAGAGAGUUUAAUGCUGUCAAGAAUGCUGAGGCUGCAAUUGCUGAAGAUGAUGAUUUUUCAGACUCAGAGUAUGGUGAUGAAUCUAUGUACUCUGAGGAGUAUGACGAUGACGUCUCCAUGGGUUAUGAUGAAUCAUCUUGCUCCGAGUAUAGCUACAAUGGUGGUUGUAAUAGUCACAACAACUAUAAUUCUUCAAUUUCCAGUAACUCAUUUACCAGUCUACCACUCUAUACUUCUUCGACUAAUUCUGCUUGUAGCUUCAUUCCACCAACCUCAUUCUUUGCACAGCCUUCAACGACAACAACCAUUCCUUUUACAUCAUAUUUUUCUCAUCAUGAACGACCUUCUCAACAAGCACAACCUUCACAACAAGGUGCAACCACAGUGCGCACUCAUUCUGAAAACCAAUACAACCAAAAACAAAUGUCAGAAAAUGACGACGAAUUAGAAAAGGACCCAGUUAACUUGCUACCCUCCAUUCAACCACUCUAUUACUUUAGACAGCACAAUUCUGGAAGUGGUACGAUAGAUAGUACUAACUGUAUGAUAAUACAACAAGCACCAAAAACUCUUGACCAAGCUCAUUCCAUGAGAAGUGUUAUAUUUGCAAAAGACGUUGAGAGUGAUGUUCUCUCCAACAUGCGAAUGAAUCAAUUGAAAAACAAACCAAAUCCCAACUAUAUUAGUGAAGUACAAACAGACAUUAAUGAACAAAUGAGAUGUAUUUUAGUUGAUUGGAUGAAUGAAGUGGCUUCUUCCUACAAUCUCAUUCCUGAAACACUCUUUUUGAGUGUGAACAUUUUAGAUAGAGCUCUCUCUAAAAUAGCUGUUAGAAGAAACAAAUUACAAGCAGUUGGAGUUACCGCUUUGUUCAUUUCUUCAAAAUUUUGUGAAAUUAGUCCUCCUCCCAUUAAGGAGUUUAUCUACAUUGCAGACCAUACAUAUGGAAGAGAAGAAAUUUUAGCAAUUGAGAAACGUAUUUUGAACGAGAUCGAAUUUGAACUCUGCUCUGUCCAGCCUUACGAUUUCAUUGAAAAGUUCUUAGAAAAUUGUGGUGUUGUAGACAACAACAUUAUCAAAUACCUUUCAUACUACCUUUGUGAAUUGCAACUACAGAAUUAUCAAGUAUUGAAAUUUUCUCCAGUAGUGAUUGCAUCAUGUUCGAUCAUGCUUGCCUUAUAUUUGGUUGAUUUGAAUUUUUGGACCAGUGAUUUAGCAACAUGUUUCGGAUUUUCACCUCAGGCAUGUGAAGGCUCUUCGCAACUCACAUUGGAGGAUCAACAGCUGGUUAUAACCAUCAACGAUUGUCUUAGUAGUAUGUUCAAAUUCUACGUUAGAAUGGCAACUGGUCAAAUCAGUAGCAACUCUGUCCAGAGGAAAUACAGCCAUGUUGUCUUUUGUAAGGUCGGUGAAUGCACCAGAAAAGUCGACAGAGAUGGCCCAACCAUUCCAUUCGCAACAUCAAUUAACAAUGAUCAUGCAGCGAUCGUCACUACCAGCACAUCAUCUGCUCCUGAAACCCUCAAUUAA